UGAAACCUCAUAACGAAACUGCAAAAACAAUUAAUUUUUAGUUCAAUCUUGCAAAAAUGAACAAAUUAACAACGUAUACUAUAAAAGAAAUACAUAAAGCUUAUCGCGAUAAACUUCUGACACCGACAAGUUUCGUAGAUUUAUGUUUACAAAAUGCAAAACAAAACCGUGAUUUAAACGCAUUUGUGACUUUAACCGAAGAUGUAGCUGAAAACCAUGGGAUUGAGAGUGAAAAGCGCUUCUAUAUCGAUAAGGAAACUAAACCUCUGGAUGGUAUUACCGUCGGUAUGAAAGAUAAUUUUUGCACUAAAAAUAUACGUACAACAUGCGCAUCGAAUAUGCUUUUAAACUUCGUACCAACGUAUGAUGCUACGGUAUAUUCAAGAUUACGUGAUGCAGGAGCCUGUCUGAUAGGAAAAUGUAAUUUAGAUGAGUUUGCUAUGGGUGCGGGCACUGUUGACUCUAUAUUUGGUCCAACUCGUAAUCCUUGGGGAUAUAAAGCCUGCUGGAGGAUUGCUGGAGGGAGCUCAGGGGGCAGUGCUGUAGCCGUCAGCUCUGGAGCUUGUGUAGCUGCCAUCGGAUCAGACACUGGUGGUUCAACAAGAAACCCAGCGGCACUUUGUGGUAUUGUUGGCUUAAAACCGACAUAUGGUCUAGUUUCAAGAUAUGGAUUAAUACCUCUAGUUAACUCAAUGGAUGUACCAGGCAUUAUGACUAGAAAAGUAGAUGAUGCUGUCAAUAUCUUAAACUGUGUUGCUGGGCCUGAUGAAUUAGAUUCAACAACAAUUAAAAAAGAAUUUAGUCCAAUCAAUUUGGAUAACAAUUUUGAUAUGUCAAAAAUUAAAAUAGGGAUUCCUAAAGAGUAUCACUAUCCAGGAAUGUCAGAAGAUAUAGUAGAUACUUGGAGAUUAGUCACAAAUUUGCUGGAAAAUGAACAGGCAACAGUUCAAACGGUUUCCAUGCCAAACACAUCAGUGUCAAUAGCGGUAUACUCAAUAUUAAACCAAUGUGAAGUUGCUAGCAACAUGGCAAGGUACGAUGGAAUUGAAUACGGACUUAGGACCAAAGAAGACUACUCAACUGAAGAGCUUUAUGCUUCAUCUCGCUCCGAAGGCUUCAACCAAGUUGUCCGAUCUCGCAUUUUCGCCGGCAACUACUUCUUACUGACAAGAAAUUACGAAAAGUAUUUCAUAAAAGCUUUAAAGCUUCGUAGAAUGAUUACAGAUGACUUUAAAAAGGUUUUCAAAGAAGUCGAUUUGCUUGUGACUCCGACAACAUUGUCAGAUGCUCCUUUAUUGGAUGAAUUUGUGUCAAAGCAUAAUCGGGACCAGUGUGCGUUCCAAGAUUACUGCACGCAGCCUGCGAACAUGGCUGGAAUACCAGCUGUUUCAAUACCAAUAAGACUUUCAAAGAACAGGAUGCCAUUGUCUAUACAAUUGAUGGGACCUAAUUUGUCGGAAGAGUUACUUCUGAAUGUGGCAAAGAGAUUAGAGACACUUGUUGAUUUUCCUAGUUUAGAAGUAGUUUAAUUUAGUUAAUAAAGUUAUGUUUA